AUGGCUUCAUCACUCGCCCCCCACCUCUUCACACCUCUCCGAUUGGUCCCCACCCCAACCAACAUCCGCGGCGUGACGAUGCUGACUUCACCCUCAAUAACCCACCUGUCAGACCUCUUCCACGCCGAGAGCAAAAUCCAAAAGAAUCCGCAGCCCCCCCACAUCACGCUUGUCAUAAAGUCCGAGCGUAGAGCGCUCCCAGACGACGCCUUAGCAACGUUAUCAGAGAUUGACACUUCAAAGAUAUAUCCCCUUGGCGUAUCGAACCAUUCCGGGGUGACUUUCAUACCGGUGUUAUGGACUGCUGGAAACACCUGGCGGGUAAAGCACCGACUUCCGGUGAAGGAUUUUCACAUCACCCUUAGCGCGAAGGACGAGCAUGGUAUCGACAAGUCGAUUUACUCGAUCGCCGCAGGGGAGGUUGAAGGAAGCGACUUUGUCAAUGGGGUGUCGGUUCCGAAGGGGUUGGGUGUUGAGGUUUUGGAUCAAUUAUGCUUAUCCUCUCAUAUUCGUAUCGAGGAGGUUGCGUCGCAGCUGGGAUGGGCGGAGUACAUCAUAACUUCUCACCCGGAGUCCGAGCGCGGGUAUCUGAGACUCGCUGAUUUGGCGUACAAGAAUGCCUGGUGGAAAAUGGCGAUGUUGAGUUACUACACUGCGUUCACGCGCUCGUCCCCGCUCGACGGGGCGGCGGGGAAGAGGAGGGAAUAUUACCUGAGGAAGAUUGUCUCUUGCGGCGAACACACUGAAUUCGGGCCAUUCUUGACGGAGGAUGAAUUGGGCCGGAUAUCUGCUGUUCUUUCCUCAAGCCAAGUGAAAGAUAGCCUCCUCCAGCCCUGGUCCCCCACCUCCGGCCUGGAACUCCCGGAAGUACAGCCGGGGUCUGCGGCCACCACGAGAAUCCGCUACCGCAUCCCUCCUGGCCCAGAAUUACCGCAGCUUCCCAGAUUCUUUUCCUGGCUCGUGCCCUUUGCCGUAGCUGGUAUGUCGAGCCCGCGCUCAGAGGAGGACAUCCGGCACCUCUCGAGUAUGGGAAUCACCCACGUAGUAACACUAACCUCCGAAACUCCGCUGGCGAAGAGCUGGUUUAACGUGCGUAUCCGUAAUACCCUGAUACCGGUGGAAAACUACUACCCCCCAACGACCCAGCAGACCGACAGAGCGCUACGCAUAAUCCUUGAGGAGCCAUUCCAGAACCCCGACUCCCCAGGCGCAACACUGGUCCACUGCGGCGGUGGAAAAGGUCGAGCGGGAACAGUCCUCGCCUGCUAUCUAGCACUAUUCGGGUUCACCCCACCGAGACUCACAUCCGCGAAAGCCCCGCCAAAGUUCUCGGCGAAGCAAGCAAUAGCCCUCCUUCGCACCCUCCGAAACGGAAGCGUAGAAACCGACCGCCAGGAAAAGUUCAUAGAAACUUACAUCUCCACAGCAUGGAAGCGCUACGGGCGUGGAGAACCCCUCAUCGGCGAUGGCGGGCUAGUCCCCGAGCCUUCCUCAGGAGCGCUCAAAAUAACCGGCGACAUAAUAGACCCGGACAUGAUCUUGCUAAUCGGCCUCCCAGGGGCUGGUAAGUCCGAGUUCACGCGUCUGUGCAGAUUGCGCAAUCCCGCAUUAACGGUGCUCUCCCCGGACGCCAUAACCCAGGAAUCGCCCUCAACCAUGAGCAGCGCUUCCGCACGGAACGUUUGCGAGUGCGCCAUCGGCGCAUUCAAGAGGGGGACUGUUUCGGGCGGCCAUAGGAAGGUCCUACUGCUGGACCGGUGUAAUCCUACCUCCUCUGAGCGGGAGUCUUGGGUGAAAGUAUUCACGGCGGGGGGGAAGGUGGUAGCCGUGUUCCUCGAUUACCCACCCGAGCUGUGCCGAUCGCGGGCGGAAAACCGCGAAUCGCAUCCCACGCUGCCGCCCCACCGUGCCGAGAUGGCGAUAGCUAGCAUGCGGGCCGCUAUGCAAGUGCCCACCCUGGCGGAGGGAUACUCCGGCAUCGCGAGGGUCACAUCAAUACCCUCCGCCAGGGAGCUAGCGGAUAGGCUCCUCGGGCCGCUAUCCAUGAGGAAGUUCCCCAGGACCAGGCAUCUACUCAACCUCGGCGGCGCGACCCGCGACGACCUCAUCAUCCCAGAGACCGACUUGCCUAGGUACUUCUCCCGCAGCGUGACCAUCGAGGAGAAGAUUGACGGGGCAAAUCUUGGCUUCUCGCUCUCAUCCGAUCUAUCCGUACUCGUGCAGAAUCGCUCCCACUAUGUGAGCUCGAGUGAAGCUGCCCAGUUCGCGCAACUGGAUCGGUGGCUGGGCUCGCAUGGCCCUGCCUUGAUCUCCGUGUUGCAUCGUGACCCCACGCUCCCCGAGAGGUUUAUUCUGUUCGGGGAGUGGGCUGCUGCGCUGCACACUGUGCCCUACACCACGCUCCCGGACGUCUUCCUGGCGUUCGAUCUGUAUGAUCGCCUCGAGGAUAGGUUUGCCACGCCCGGGAUUUUGAGGGGCGUGCUUUCUGGGAGUGGGAUCCAUGCUGUGCCGAUUCUGUGGGAGGGGGGCGUGCUAGACGAAGGGGAGUUGUUGAAGUUUUUAGACCGCAAGAGCACGUUUGGGGAAGAGGUUGUUGAGGGAGUGGUUGUUCGGUGGGAUUCCGGUGAGAGGGCAAAGGUGGUCAGGAGCGGCUUUGUUGCUGGGAGGCAUUGGAGUAAGAACAUGAUGGUCAAGAACGGGGUGGUUGGGAUCAGCGAGUGAUUUGGUGUGAUGGUGUUUUCCUGCUGUACGGAGGUACAGCACCGUAUGUUCUACAAGCAAGGGGUGCUGGGCCAGCGCGGGUAUUGGCGGCGAAUUUGGAAAUUUCCAGUGAAAAUUUCCUAAUCUGGGCUCAAGCUUUCCCAAUUCGCGGUAAGUACCCACAGCUACUCGAGUAGCCAAACACCCUUGCUUGUGGAACAUACAAAACUUAAGAGCUGCACCUCCGUAAGAUAGUGAUAAUAGUGGUUUUUACAGUGUCCCAGUAGCGAGACAUGG